GAGAGAGACAGGCUAUUGUAUAUGGUGAGUCUGGACUGCCGAGUCCCACACAGACCCGACCACUGGGGUUGUCAUCAACAAUGUGUUAAUACCCCAGGUCCUUGUUCUGCUGCUGGUAGUGGAAGCGCCGCAUCAGGGCUGGUUCAUCUGCACACGAGAUGCGGGUUUAUUGUGAGCAAUUACACCUCAUGUUGGUGGCUGGAGGCUGCCGUCACACAAGAGCUUGUUUCUCACGUGGUUCCGCCUCCACGGAUCAAAGCGCAAACCGUGUUGUACUUGAGGUAAUUCGUUGUGAAAUUUAUUAACGAGAACUCUGAUUGGUGGAAAGUGUUUCAUGUAUUCGUGCCUUUCUGGAACAAGUGUCACUGCCAGGAUGUUUCAACCUUAAUAAGUAAAUAUGUUUUAUGUUGGUUUGUAUGGAAAUAUGUGGCGCUUCCUGUGGAUCUGAGAAGGAAUCACAUCUAAACCGUUAUAUCAAGGGGUGAUACAGCUGCUGAAAGACAUGAGAAGAAAUAUCAGGAGGGCUGGAAGAUUUAGACCAGUUUGAAAUCUCUGUGGAUGGUGUUACAACCGAGACCAUAUCAGUACAUGGUCUAACUAUCGGACUUAGUGUUUGGUUGUGGGGGCCCAUGUAGGUUCCUGUGCCCUAGUGACCGACUGUGUCCAAACAGGUUCCAGUGACCGACUGUGUCCAGACAGGUUCCAGGGACCGACUGUGUCCAGACAAGGUUCCAGACAAGUGACGAUGCUGUGAAGCGUGACCUCCCUGUCCGGAUGAUAGAUAGCCUCAACUUUGACCGGCAACUUAUGUCUGAGACUUCUGACAUUUACAACAGUGGUCAGCUGGACGGAGGCAGCUGGUGUACAAACUACACAUCGGCCUGACCCCGUGACCACAGACAGCACGCUUACAGGUUACGUGCAGUCAUGAUUCGGUGGCUCGGAUACCUGCUUGUCUGUCUGGUUCUCGCGGAGGAGUUGAUGUCGUCCAGUACGUUGCCGCCAAUGGAGACAACGCCUGACAACGCCACCUAUCGAGACGUGUUUAAAUCCCAGAUCCUGGCUCAGCAUGUCCGGUACUGUGGAAGUAACCGUCUCUGUGAGGGCUAUCGUCCAAUUCGAUGCUGGCGCUGUGCACCGUGUCAGUGUGAUGCCAUGUGCUCUGUCUACGACGAUUGUUGCCCAGAUAAGACGCUGUCGGGAGUUGCAAAGCCCCCCGUCGCCCUCCCCCCAAUGCAGUGUAUGAGCAACCUUCACGGCAGAUACACAAUGGAAGAAAAGAUGGCGCGCAUCAACAUGAGUAGCAGUUUCUUCAUGGUGACUUCCUGUCCUGCAGACGCUGAUGCUGUGCUGGCAGCUUCAUGUGCAGACUCCCCCUCCCUCGCUCCGGUCACCGUCGUUGACAGCAACGUCACCUACCUCAACAAACACUGCGCGGCGUGUCAGGGGGUACACGAUGCUCGGGCGUGGAAGUCGUUGGUUGAUUGUACUGAGUUCCAUAACUUCCAAAAGUUCAACUCGACUACCGCGGUUCUGGAUUACGCCCUCGCCCAGGAGGGGUGUUGGGUUGUGUUUGCUGCUCCCGAAGACACCUCCCCGGCAAUGUUACCUGGGUGGGGGUAUGAUCUCGGCCUGUAACGUAACAGGCAAGUGGCCUCAUUAUGACGAGAUGCUGGAGCAAGCUUGCCACAGCUACACAACAGUCAAGGAAGUGGGCACCCAGACAUACAGAAAUGUCUUCUGCUACAUCUGCAACUCGGACGAUCCAGUUCUGUUCUCCAGAUGCAAGAAAACACCAAGCAGACCAGUAUCGUUCUCUGCUCUGUUGGACUUCAGCUCGGCGCUGUACGGAAGCGGACACGACCCAAGCUCGAAAUGCACAGAAGGACAGCUAUAUGAUGGCCAGAGGGACUCUUGUCGAGAUAUCCUGUGUUCUCAAGGAAAGCAGUUGCUGAAUCAGACCUGUGUUCCAAUAUUUGGCUCGGCGAAGGGUCUCGGGUAUGAGUUGUACUUUGACAUGGAGUCUGCCGACGAGCUGGCCCUCUCUGGUCCAAAGGAUCUGCUGCACUCCCUGCCUGCCCGCCUCAAGGAUUACUUCCCCUACACCCUUGGCAUGCUCAUCGCUUUCCAUGAUUUCGUCGUGGCCUUCAAUACAACUGCCGUUCAAGGCCUUUGUUCUCAAUCAUCCUCUAGACUUUCCAUAUAUGCCACAUUCCUAACAACCAAACACAUUGACCCCAAAGUCUUUGAGUCAAUGCUUCUGGAUUUGAGAAGUACCAAUUUCACUCUUCCGACGGAAACCAGGAACAUAUCUUUUCACACGAUGCCAAACGAGAAUGCACGGCUGAUAAGCCGGACUCACAAGGGUCGAGUGCAUAAACACACAUCGUGUGUGAUCAGUGUGUCAAUGAGCAACCCGUAUCAAUCAGAUGACCCUGAGGUGGAGACAGAACCGGACUCAUCUGACCCUUUCUCCACAGAUCUUGUGCUGAUCCGGGUAUCCAACCUGCUGCCGUGUCCUCAGAUCCAGCUCGAGAAGGACGAGUAUGUUGAAGGUGACUCCGCAAUACAGCUGGACUGGCGGGAGGAGGUCCUGUAUCAGGGAGACUUUGAGGAGGACGACAGUGGCUUGGUGAAGAUUUGUCUGGAGCACUUCAAACCCGAUGCACUACUCGUAGCCCAGACUGACUCUCAAGCAUCUGAGGCUGAGGUUAUUGUUUCUAUUGUGUGCACCGUAUUGUCGCUUGUUUGCCUUCUUCUGACAUUCAUAACAUACUGUCUCUUCAAAACUCUGCGAAGCACGCCAGGUAAAAAUAAUAUGAACUUGACUGUUACCUUAUUUGCAGCUCAGCUGUUGUACCUUGUAGGCUCUGGUAAAUCUGAUACAAAGGGUCUGUGUGAAGCUAUGGGUAUAUUCAUCCACUACCUCUGGCUGUCAGUGUUCAGUGCAAUGGGCGUCUGCUCAUUCCAUAUGUUCAGAGUCUUCACAACGCUCAGGAACAGAGAAGAUUCCAGUGAACGAAGACGAAAAUUUCUGCAGUAUUGUGUGUUCAUAUACGGCGUGCCAGCCAUACUGGUCGUAGCCACACUGGUGGUGCAUAUCAUCAUAUCAGAGGGAGCCUCCAUCGGCUACGGCGGUUCACGAUGCUACCUGUCGUCUGGAGCAGCUACCGGAAUAGCGUUUGGAAUCCCCGUGGCUGUGACCGUUCUCGUCAAUCUGGUCUUCUUCAUCCUCACAAUCAAACCAAUCCGAAACAGGCCCAAAGUUGACAAAAGCAAGCAGGACGAGCAUCAUGUCCUCGUGUAUAUCAAGCUGUCCUCCCUUACUGGCAUCACCUGGAUCCUAGGGUUUGUGGCCUUCGGCGUCCAGGUUCAGGCCCUCCGUUACCUGUUCAUCGUAGUGAAUGCCAGCCAGGGUGUGUUCAUUUUCAUAUCGUUUGUGUGCAACUGCCGUGUUGUCAGGCUGUAUUCGGAAUGUUGUUGUCACAGUAAGAAGGGGACGACGAAGGCGACCAACGCUGCAUCCUCCUCCACUUCCACCUCCAAAGCAUUCACCAUCUCCAAAACAGAGACAAAGCUCACCGACAUUAAGGAUUCCAAGUCUUGAAUGCAGGUCAGGUUUAAUGCUGGUGACCACAGUCUCGGAUUAUCUUCCCAAUGGUAUAAUAAGCUGGUGAACCAGUGCCUACUCUGACGCUGCCCCGGGACAUUGUAAAGCUGUUGAACUCUGUGUCUGAUUCUUUACCCCGGGAUAUGAAAAGCUGCUUGAAAUGCUACCCUCGGGAGACGUAAAAGUGGCUACCUCGUCCUCUGAUUCUACCCCACGUGACAUGUAAACUGGUGAACACUGUCUCGGGUGCUACCAUAAGAACAGUUGAUGACCUCUGUCUCAGAUACUACCCCCAGGGCCUGUUAAGUUGAUGACCUCUGUCUCAGAUACUUCCCCCAGGGCAUGUAAAGUUGAUGACCUCUGUCUCAGAUACUACCCCCAGGGCCUGUAAAGUUGAAGAUCUCUGUCUCAGAUACUACCCCCAGGGCCUGUUAAAUUGAUGACCUCUGUCUCAGAUACUAACCCCAGGGCAUGUAAAGUGGAAGACCUCAAUCUCAGAUACUGCCACUAGGGCCUGUAAAGUGGAAGACCUCUAUCUCAGAUACUGCCACUAGGGCCUGUAAAGCGGAAGACCUCUAUCUCAGAUACUGCCCCCAGGGCCUGUAAAGCGGAAGACCUCUAUCUCAGAUACUGCCCCCAGGGCCUGUAAAGCGGAAGACCUCUAUCUCAGAUACUGCCACUAGGGCCUGUAAAGCGGAAGACCUCUAUCUCAGAUACUGCCACUAGGGCCUGUAAAGCGGAAGACCUCUGUCUCAGAUACUGCCACUAGGGCCUGUAAAGUGGAAGACCUCUAUCUCUGAUACCACGCCAGUGCCCGUAAAAUGCCCCUGCCCCAGUGUUCUUGCUAGUGGUUGACAUUUGAUUGUGUGUGAUAUAUCAAGCAUGCGCGUACGUUAACUUCCUCUUGAGUUAACAACAGUAAAUAAAAUACAUGCAUGGUCAAUAGAAAGAAAAGGAGUGUGGUGAGAUGAGACACGACGACGUCACAACUGAGUGACCAAGCGAACAUAUGACACUUGCAACUGGCCAUUGAACUGCAGGAGAGUUGGAAGACACAUUCAGCUGGAAAAAAAACAGUAACAAGGCUGCUGUCAAUUAAAAGUGUUUUCAGUGACCUA